AUGAAGGACCGCAUCAUCGACUCGGUCGAGGGCCUGCACAAGGAGGCGCGGGGCUGGUUCAUGUCUCGCCCGAAGGCAGAGGCGUCGAGGAGGGCGUUGGCGUGGUACCGCGUGACCUAUCACCCUGACCACCGGUGGCGGGAGAAGAAGCGGUUCUGGAGCUUCCCGUGGAUCAUCUGCGACGAGCUGCUGAACAUCAAGGAGUCGAAUGAUGGCGAUGGACUGCGGCACCGCCUGACUCGUCUGGCGGCCAAAGAGGCUGGAGGUGGAGCGGCUUCAUCUUGCACGGAGCUUCGGUGGAGAUGUCAAGUCAUGCCUGACCGACAGGUGCUAUGCCUUGUCAUGCCUGGUCGGCAGGUGCUACGCACGACAGAUCUUCAAAGACUUCAAGCUGUGUCAGCUGGUGGUACUUGGCAGCAUGGUGCUGAGGUGUAUCAGUGGCGACCGCGACGUGCUCAGCUGUUUGCGCGCAGGGAGGAGGUGCUGUUGGGCGCCGUGGUGGCGUCGACGAUAGCUGGACCAUUAGCAGGCACAAAACUUAUAUUUAGCAACGGAGAGAGUACUACUAAUGCAAAGUUUGAGAGUGUACAAAUGUAUCUAUCACAAUGCUACUGCUUUGCAUUGGACAAACCUCGGUUAUUUCUUCCAGUUAACACCUCAAAGUUUGAGACUGUAAAUCAAGGGAUGCAGCUUGGUGCCCCUUUUUCAGAUGCAAGUCUUUACACAGGUGAUGGGUCCGUUGACAUCAAAGGCCGUCCCGCAACAAGGUGCGACACAGGCAAUUGGCGAGCAUGCGUCUUCAUCCUAGGAAAUGAGUGUUGUGAGCGUCUGGCCUACUAUGGAAUUGCAAAAAACCUAGUCACUUAUCUCAAAGUAAAGCUUCAUCAAGGCAAUCUUGAAGCUGCAAGAAAUGUUACCACUUGGCAAGGGACAUGCUAUCUCUCUCCCCUCAUUGGGGCCAUCCUAGCAGAUUCUUAUUGGGGAAAGUACUGGACUAUUGCUGUUUUCUCAUCAAUUUAUUUCAUCGGCCUGGCUGUUUUAAUGCUUUCAGCAUCACUUCCAGCACUUCAACCACCUUCAUGUUUAGGAACUGUUUGUCCAGAAGCAAGCUUACUUCAGAAUGGCACAUUUUUCCUAGGUCUCUAUAUGAUUGCCCUAGGGACUGGAGGUAUUAAACCAUGUGUGUCAUCCUUUGGGGCUGAUCAAUUUGAUGACAGUGAUCCAACAGAGAGAGUAAAGCAGGGUUCCUUCUUCAACUGGUUCUAUUUCUGCAUAAAUAUCGGUGCACUCGUAUCAGGCACUGUUAUUGUUUGGAUACAAGAUAACUCGGGUUGGGGAAUAGGAUUUGCCAUUCCUACUGUAUUUAUGGCAUUGGCUAUUGCAAGCUUCUUUUCAGCUUCAGAUAUGUAUAGAUUUCAGAAACCUGGUGGGAGUCCACUCACAAGAGUGUGUCAGGUCGUUGUCUCAGCAUUCCGUAAGUGGCAUGUUGAAUUGCCACAUGACACUGCUCUUUUAUAUGAAGUUGAUGGUCAAAAUUCAGCAAUAGAGGGAAGCAGAAAGCUGGAGCACACAAGUGAACUUGAAUUCCUUGACAAGGCUGCCAUCAUCUCAUCUACUGAUGCCAAGAGUGACCUCUUUACAAACCCAUGGAGGCUAUGCACAGUCACCCAAGUGGAAGAACUGAAGAUCCUAGUAAGAAUGUUCCCGGUCUGGGCAACUACUAUCAUAUUCAAUGCGGUGUACGCUCAGAACUCCUCCAUGUUCCUAGAGCAGGGAAUGGUUCUCGACAAGCGGGUCGGGUCUUUUAAUGUUCCUCCUGCGUCCCUCUCGAGCUUUGACGUGAUCAGUGUCAUGAUCUGGGUUCCACUUUAUGACCGUGUUCUCAUACCUAUAGCCAGAAAGUUCACUGGAAGAGAAAAGGGUUUCUUGGAACUACAACGGAUUGGCAUUGGAUUGGUGCUGUCCAUUAUUGCAAUGGUGUCUGCAGCUUUUGUUGAGUUGAAGCGCUUGGAGAUUGCCGCGUCUGAAGGUCUUAUCCAUGAGAAGGCUGUGGUUCCGAUGAGCAUUCUUUGGCAAAUACCGCAGUAUUUCUUUGUUGGUGCUGCCGAGGUUUUCACUAAUAUAGGUCAGCUUGAGUUCUUCUAUGAUCAGGCCCCAGAUGCCAUGAGGAGUUUAUGUGCUGCAUUUGCGCUCGUCACGGUCUCAGCGGGGAGCUAUUUAAGCUCGUUCAUACUGACCAUGGUGUCGUAUGUUACAACUCGAGGUGGAGAUCCUGGAUGGAUCCCGGAUAACCUGAAUGAAGGCCAUCUUGACCGGUUCUUCUGGUUGAUUGCAGGGAUCAGCUUUGUGAAUUUGCUGGUUUACAUCAGUUGUGCGAUGAAAUACAAAUAUAAGAAUGUGUGAUGGUUUCUCCAAAAAAAUGUGUGAUGGGCAUACCUACUGUGGAAUAAGUUCUUGUGAUUUCAGAUUCCAUAUUCAUGGGAGCAGUUCAUUGUAUAGACCAAGACAUCACAUGAGCUGCCCUUCUCAGAAAGUCCUCAAGAAAAGGACUUCAAUUCUUCUAGUGAUGUAUAUUUUAGACAAAUUAUUACUUUGGUGAGUGUGUUUUGUAUGAAGUUUGUAACACCAGAGUUAUACAAAGACAAUUUUGUACAUGCACAUUUAAUACUUUCCUGUUCAAAAGCAUCCUGUUAUUCCUUAAA